UAUGUGGAGUUGGAUAUGACGGCUAAUGAAGAAAGCGCCAGUUCGAGUAGCGCAUCAGAAAAAAGUUUUCAAGCCAAGAGCGAAGAUCAGGCCUGCCAGACGGAAAUACCUUCGGAUUCCGUGACUGUUGUUCGGUUGAAACAGGGACAUGGCGAAGACAAUUCGCAGUCUUGGUGGAAUAAGCGAAAACAGCGAAUUUUCCGCAAGAAAACGUUGUACAUGCGCAUCCCAAUACUGAAAUGGCUUCCCAAAUACUCUGCACAAGACUUUGUAGCUGAUCUUGUGGCCGGCAUCACCGUCGGAGUAACAGUCAUUCCACAAGGUUUAGCUUACGCUACCGUGGCUGGACUCCCUCCCGAGUAUGGUCUGUACGCCUCGUAUGUAGGAUGCUUCGUUUAUCUGUUAUUCGGCAGUACACCUGUGGUCACUAUUGGGCCAACGGCCCUUAUGUCACUCGUCACUUACGAUUCCGGGGCUGCGCUAAUGGGACCUGAAGCAGCUAUCCUUCUCGCAUUUCUCACCGGUUGCAUUGUUCUCCUCUUCGGCCUGCUCAAUUUCGGUUUCUUGAUUGAUUUCAUCGCGGCUCCAGUCGUGGCCGGAUUCACGAGCGCUGCUGCCUUCACGAUAGCGACGACACAAAUUGAAGCCCUUCUCGGCCUCAGAUUUGAUGACGAAGGGUUCCUCAAUACGUGGAUAGCGGUAUUUGAACACAUUGCAGAAACUAAAAAAUGGGAUGCUGUUUUGGGUUUUGCUUCCAUCGCUAUUUUGCUUCUACUUCGGGUUCUUGAUCAAGUCAAAUUGGGUAAAGAAGGAGAAAGAAAGCGAUGGCAAAAUUGGGUCAACACGACAUGUUGGCUAAUUUCGGUCUCGCGUAAUGCUAUCGUCAUCAUCGCCGCUUCCAUUUUGGCUUACGCUCUGACUGAACCUGGACAGAGUACAUAUCCUUUCACCCUGACCGGUGAGAUUCCUAGCGGAUUCCCUCCAUUCCGAGCGCCGCCUUUUUCGUUUGAGGCAGACGGAAAGACAUACUCUUUCGUGGACAUUUGCAAAAAUCUAGGCUCUUCGCUCUACAUUUCUCCAUUGGUCGCCGUAAUUGAAUCGAUUGCGAUUGCCAAAUCCUUAGCCAAGGGGAGUCGCAUUGAUGUCAGUCAAGAGAUGAUCGCCAUCGGGACUAGCAAUAUUUUAGGAUCGUUUGCGUCAUCGUAUCCAGUGACAGGCGCAUUUUCACGCACCGUCGUCAAUGCCGCCAGCGGCGUCCGCACGCCUUUCGGCGGACUCUACACUGGGGCUCUUGUUCUUCUGGCCAUUACGGUUUUGACGCCUUAUUUUUUCUACAUUCCAAAAAGCUGCUUGGCAGCUGUCAUCAUAUCCGCUGUUAUUUUCAUGGUGGAAGUCAGCUUAGUCAAGAUGGUUUGGAAAUCAAAAAGAAUUGAUUUAGUGCCUUUCGGCUUUACGUUCGUCUUUUGCGUCUUUGUCGGUCUGUCGCAAGGCAUUUUGAUUGGCACGGCCAUAAAUCUUGGCAUGCUCUUAUACAGCACGGCUCGUCCACGGAUUAAAAUCCAUAAAAUCAAGAACCCAACGACCGAGUAUCUUCUUAUCAUACCGGAUCGCAGUUUAGUGUUCACCGCCAUGGAAUAUUUCAUGUCCAGUGUACGAAAAGCUUCGGCGUUAUAUCCUGGUAUUAUCGUAGUGAUCGACAUGAGCCACGUCUCCGCAGCGGAUUUUACCACGGCUUAUGGCUUUGACAACAUGAUCAAGAGGCUGCAGAAACACGGACACAAACUCAUUUUGACCCGACUCAAACCAGACGUUUUGCUCAUUUUGUCCCGCAUGGGGUGUGAUUUCCAUAUGCACAACGAAGGUGAAGAUAUGCAAAUUUUGCUCAGGGAUAUUUCUACACGUGAUGUGUGUAUAUCUGUUGACCCAUUGUCAACCAAAAACCCUCCUGUGGCAGAGCACACGUCGCUAGAAUCACUCUCUUCGAGCGUCGAAGGAAAUAGCGGGACGGACCAUGUACCGCCCGUCACACGAGUUGAUAAUCACGACGGAACGCAGUGAAUUGUUCUUUAAAUAUUUUGCCAUCUGUUAUCCGAGUCGAACUUAUUAAUAGUCAAUUAGCCCAACAAACGGGUGCCGACAU